ACAGCUUGGAUUUUUACCAUACUUUUUUUUAACAUUUCAGCGUCGUCUUGCAAUAAUUUAGCAAUUGUGCGUUUCUUGUGGAAAUAUAAGUUCAAAUAUGCCGACGACAACAGAAGCACCAACACAAAAGUGGAUAGUAUGUCGAGUAUGCCUGCAGCAGCCAAAAGAAUCAAUGGGCAGCAUUUUCAAUGACGACGCUUCCAAAGACUUGACCAACAUGAUUCUAGAGUGCGGCGGCGUGCCCAUCAAGAAAUUCGAUCAUUAUCCGGAUAAGAUAUGCGAUAAAUGCUUGAAGAAUUUACACAUUGCAUUUAAAUUCAGACGUGUAUGCCAGAGAUCGUAUAAACACCUGAGACAGUUUAUUGCUCCCGUUGUGGUGGAGCAGCAACAGACAGCGGAGGAAGAUGCCACCACGAUGGAUGAGAACAAUGAGCCGGCAAGCACAGAACUGGAGGAGGCUCAUGCCAUGACGGGAAAUGAGGAGAACGAAGAGGACGACUCCAAUGAGAGACUGGUGCAUGUGAAGAGGGAACAAGUGGAGGAGGAUGGCAUUAUCGAGGAGCUGUACGAUGUCUACGAGCCGUAUGAAGGUGACAUGGUCGCCGAGCAGCCAACCACCUACGAGGAGGGACAAGCUGAGGACGGAGUCGAGGAAGAUAUGGGCGCAAAUUCAAUGUCCGGUCUAUCGGCGGACAUUGAGUAUCUGGAUCAACUGGAUCAGGAUCAGCUUACCGAAAGUGCACACGAGGAUGACAUUGAAAUGCAGAAUUCAUCGGACGAGGAAUUUCUACCGAUCAAAUCCCGAUCUGUGUCCACGCGUUCCAUUUCCACGCGCUCUGCCAGCGCCGCCGUCAAGCGACGCGUCAAUCCACGCAAGGCAACUGCAGGCAAGGCCGGUGGGGCAAAGAUUAAGCGAGAGUCCACCACAAAGAUUAUUUUAAAUCCCGAUGAGACCUUCACAUUUGGCGAGACGAUUGUACGCAAGUCGGCUGGCAUUAAGACCAAAGGCGGUCACAAGAUUCUCGUCGGCGACAAAAAGGAGUUCAAGUAUAUUUGCGACAUUUGCGGCAACAUGUAUCCUUCUCAAAGUCGCCUCACGGAGCACAUUAAAGUGCAUUCCGGUGUCAAGCCACACGAAUGCGAAAUUUGCGGACAUUGUUUUGCCCAGGCGCAGCAAUUGGCGCGCCACAUGAACACGCAUACGGGAAAUCGUCCGUACAAGUGCAGCUAUUGCCCGGCAGCCUUUGCGGAUUUGUCUACCCGCAAUAAGCAUCAUCGCAUUCACACUAAUGAGCGUCCCUACGAGUGCGAUGUGUGCCACAAGACCUUUACCUACACCAACACGCUCAAAUUCCACAAGAUGAUACACACUGGCGAAAAGCCCCACGUUUGCGACAUUUGCGGCAAGGGAUUCCCGCAAGCUUACAAGCUACGGAAUCACAGAGUUACCCACGAUCGUCGUGUGGGCGCUGGAAGGGAUAAUGCGGAUGGAUUGUUGCCCUAUGAUACGGCGGCCACCGUCGGUCUGGAGCUGUAAAUGCGAAGGCAUAAAUAUACAUACAUAAACAAAUAAAUAUUGAAUAAAUUACAAUACACAAUUAUAUUGAUGAACUUGAAACUGUAACAAGAAAUUGAAAUAAUUUACGGACGUCUGUCAAUCCUAAGUGUUUGCCUAAGUUAUAGUCUAAUUAUGCGGAAAUAAAUUAAGUAUUGCUG